AUGGGAACAUUGGGUAUGAAUAUCCAGGCAUGUAAUAAGGCAUAAAUCCAUUAUGCAUAUUUUGUAUAGGAGCUGGUACAUUGCUCCUUUUAGAGGGAGAAAAAGAAAAUAUAUUAGGAGAAUGAGGGCGAUCUUCAUAUGAAUUAAUUCUAGGAGAUCUCACAGGAGUGUGAGUUGCAGAUAAGUUAUGAUUUGAGCCAACUUAUAGGUUAUUACUUCCCUUCAAAGCAGCUUUACUACUUUCAGAUUGAUGAUUUUAUCUAGGAUCUUAUUUUUAAAUUCUUUACAAGAAGCGCUCCCCCUUUUCAUCUUUCUCAAAAAUUAAAUAACCCUUUAAUCCAUUUGCAUCAAUAUAAGAAAGAAUAUUCUAAUAAUCUUCAGAGGUUAAGAAUUUCAAAUAAUCUUAAUAUCUUGAUCUUAUAGACUCAUAAGUUCUAUUAACAUAACCUUCCUCUGCUAAUUUCUAAAAUUAAGAUUUUGUUAUCUAAUCCUCCUUGCAUCCUAAACAAUAUAUUAUUUUUAAGUCUUCAUAAAUAGUAUAAGUAUCUUUAACAUUUAUGGGUUUUAGCAUAACAGGAUUAUUUUAUUCAUAUUCGCCUAAAACAAAUUCUAUUAGAUCCAAAGUUGUUACUUAUAUAGAUGCAGAAGAAGGAGUAUGACGAUAGAAAUCUCCCUUUCCUGUAGAUUUUGAAGGUUGUAUUUCAUAUUAUUAUUUUAUCAAUUAUUGCUUUAUUUUAUCAUUUAGGGCUCUUUAGUAUAACGAAGCAUAGCGAUUCUUAGCUAUUGACUAAUUUGAUUUAUUUGUUGAUGCAUUUUAGUAAUACUUUGAAAUAGGCCUAACCUAAUUUAUCUGAUUAUAUAGCAUGGAUGAGUGAGUGCUUAUAUACUUUAUAAUAUUUUAUUUAUUUUGUUGUAGAAGGUAUUUUUUGUUUAUUUGAUUAAAAAUUCAAAGACCAACUUGAUUAAUGA